AUGAGUAAGGCUCAGCGAGACGAGCAAGACUCGCAAGUCCCUACAAAGUUCGCGCUUACUAUAGCAGAAAAGGAGGUAAUUUAUCGCUUUUAUAAUCUCACCGCUCUCUGCAAGGAGGAGGAAAAUUGGCACACCCUGUCUAAACAUAUUAUAAGUCUUUUCUUUAUGGCAUUUUACUAUGUUCUAGAUAACUACGGGCUCCUUAAAGAUCCGGAGAUCGCGGCUGAAUUCCAGAACCAGCGGGAGACCUUUCUAAUUAAGUGCUUCUUAAAGGCGUACCUCUCCGUCAUGAGAGAGCGUGCUUUCUUUGAAGACAUCUCUAACUCUUGGGAGUCAUUUAUUGAUGUGUGUCUAAAGAAGCUUCGCGAGCACUCGAGGCUGCGCAUAAACGGUGAAAAAGCGGCUCUUGUUAUUCUUAACCAAGACUUGACGAAAGUGCUGCUUGUUCGAGGCCAAUUUAUGCACGGACCCAAAUACUCUAUUCCCAAGGGUGGUUUAGAGGACGGAGAGGACUCGACUGUCGCCUCUCUUAGAGAAGCAUACGAAGAAACUCAGCUCUAUCUCGGUCCUUUUCUGUGGGAUCCGUAUUGCUACUACCAUCAAGACCUCAAGGCGAUUCUUCCUAUGAAUGCAUGGGGACCCAUGCCCAUCGGGCCGUAUGAUUUUCUCUCCGGACAGACACCGCUAAUACGAUCAGACCCCAUCAAGCUGACUGCCUCUGGGUACCAUCUUCACUUUGCCCCCGGCGUACCAGACUCCAUGCUGGAGAAAGCAGAGGCACUUUGCUCCUCUGAGAUUGCAGGGUGUAAUUUGAUACCCAUUGAUGCCUUUUGUAAGAAAAAGUGGGCGCAGAAAAACCUUCCCGUAAGGCAGGCAGACAAUAUAGAGAGCAUAAGGGAGAUCCUAGAGAAGCUAGAGAAGGGGUACAGGAAGCUGCCGCCUCUGCAGCAGCUAACAAAGCCGGAGAUAUCAGAUUGGAAGCUUAUCAGCCUCUUUAUUAAAAUGUGCACCUAG